AUGGAGGAGCUCACGGACAUCGACCGCUCCCUGCAUCGGCCGCUCUUCACGUACAUCUCGAUGCGUUACAAGCGCCUCGUCUCCAUGGUGAUGGACAACGCGAGCGAACCGCUGUCGGUGAACGAGUCCUUCAUGGACACGACCAACGUGUCUUCUUCGGAGAUCGACUACGAGAAGGCUACGGACGCGGAGUCGGCUUACGGCUUCAGCGGCUAUUCGCGCUCCAUGACCGCAACCAGGAGUCGAAGGGCAACGGAGAAGCUCGACCUGAUCCUGUUCCGCAAGAAGAGCUUCGGCCGCUACUGGGGCUUCGGGGUCAACCUCGAAUCCGUCGUGGGAGAAGGCGGUGCCAACUUCUACAUCGUCUCGAGCGUGAAGCGCGGCAGUCCAGCGCAGCGCUCCCAGAUCCUGGAGGGCGACGUGGUGAUCGCGGUGAACGGCACCAAGGUGUCCGGGCUGCCCAUCAACAUCGUGCGGAAGAUCAUGAACUCAUCCGAGGACCAGCUCGUCCUCACCGUGCUGUCGUCCAACCCGUACAGAAUCAUGAACACAAGACAGGACAUGAGCGCCAUUCUGCGGUCCUGCGGACGCCUGACGAUGUCACUGUCCUUGGUGAGGUCCGGCUGCCGCAAGGGUGCUUGGUACGGGUUUACAACCUUCGAGGCCAAAACCUGGGACCAAUACGAGAAGGGCUUCAGUCGUCUGCACAUCAUACAGAGGGCCAAGGACGUGCGCAUCCGCAACCGGGAACACCACCUGUUCCCUGGAGACAUCCUGACGCACGUGGAUGGCGAGCCGUCCGACAGGCUGAGCCAGGCCAUGCUGCGUCAGUCAAUGUCCAGGGCCAGGCCCGAGCUGCUCAUCACCAUCGCACCGCUGUCGCCCCUCCGCAAGAAGAGGCCGUCCUCGACCCGCCUGCACGAGACCUUCUUGUCCGAUGACAGCGCGGGCGAACCGUCCAGCAACGCCGCCAUUAAUGACUAG